AUGCACCAGCAUCUCCAAUAUGACACGGAUGUCCUGAUCGUGGGCGCUGGCCCCGUAGGCAUGCUCCUUGCAUACCAGCUGGACCGGCUGGGCACUUCCUGUUUGCUCGCCGAGCGGAACCUCGAGACAACAAAAUGGCCAAAGAUGGAUCUCACCAACUGCCGGAGUAUGGAGAUCCUGAGAGUGCUCGGGCUAGCAGACGACUACCGCGCACAGGUUAAUGCUGUAGGCGCCGAUGCGAACUUUGAUUCUGUCUUCGUGACGAGUCUGGCACCAGAGGGGCGGCUACUGGCUGAUUGGAAAAUUCCCUCGGUCAACGAACAACGCGAGUAUAUUAGACUGCACAAUGAUGGCACACAGCCUGCGGAACCAGGCCAACGCUGCUCGCAGAUUAUCUUCGAAGCCUGGCUCAAGGGCAUCGUGUCCGAGAAAGCGAACGUUACGUCCAAAUUCGGUUGGACUUACGUCGGGCAUAUCGAAAUAGACAACGGAGCCAUGGCUACCUUUAUAGACCGAACCGGGGCCUCGCAUGUUGUCCUUGCUCGCUAUCUGGUUGGCUGCGAUGGCGGGAGCAGCAGCGUUAGAAAGUGCGCUAGGAUCAAGAUGCUGGGUGGUCAAAUCCCCGUCCGGUUUUAUCUUGUCCACUUCCGCUCCGCCGAGCUCGCGCAGAAACUAAAGUUUGCCCGUUUCUGGCAUGCGUUCCCCGUCGGCACCGGGUUUCUGAUCGAUCAAGAUGAGAAGGAUACCUUUACCGCGCACUAUCCCCUACCUGAUGGAAUGGAGGAGAACCUCGACCCGCGCGAAGUUGUCUGCAAAAUGCUAGGCGGAUGUCUUGGGAAAUGGGAACUCAAGAUCGACGAGGUCCUCGUUCACAGCGCGUGGCAGCCGAGUUUCAGUGUGGCUGAAAGUUAUUCCACGGACAAGGGGCGUGUGCUUCUUGCCGGAGAUGCAGCGCAUCGAAACCCACCGCACGGCGGGUACGGUAUGAACAGUGGUGUAGUAGACGCGAUUGACCUGGGCUGGCGACUGGCGGCGGUAGUCAAUGGAUACGGAGGCGAUGGACUUCUAAAGGCGUACGGGGACGAAAGGCGCCCAAUGAUGAUUCGAGCGUUGCAGCGGUCGCACCGCCACGUCCUCGAGCACGUCGUCCUGGGAGACAUCUACAACCAGGUAUUGGCGAGCUUGGUGGGGAACACCUCGGAAGCCGAACAAAAGCAGGCAUUUGCCCUGGUUAAGAAUUACAUAACAACCUCUGGACCUGAGACCAUGGACCGGGGGAUCGAACUCGACUUGAGGUAUGAUCAUUCGCCCUUCGUCUAUAUUGACGGCACGCCUCCAGUGCCCUGGGAGGUGAAGAGCUACCAGCCCAGUACCCGCCCGGGCUCGCGAGCUCCACACGUCUUCCUGAAAGAUGGAGUGACCAGUACAUAUGAUCUCUUUGGUGCGGAAUGGACGCUGAUUCAUUUUUGCGAGGACGGCGAGGACAAUGGGGUUAGCACGCUGAGAGGUACGGCGAAGGAGAUGGGCUUCCCAGUAAAACAUGUUGCCCUUGCAGGAGAAGAUCACGUCCGGGACAUUUGGGAGCGAGAUCUUGUUCUAGUGAGACCCGAUACUCAUGUUGCGUGGAGGGCGAACAAAGCACCCACAACCCGAGAGGAGGCGGAACAGAUUCUCCAGGUUGUUGCAGGAAAACUGUCGUUCCCUGGGCAUCGCAAGUCAGAGGUUCUCCAUCAGGCAGAACAGGAGUUCUUGAAAACGGCGGAAUCAUUUACUGGAAAUGGUGACGGAGACAAGCCAGCGAUCAUGGGCGAAGGGGGCAGUUCAUUUGUUUAG